AUGCUAAAUCAGCUUAGAUCGGCGGCGGCGAGCCCUCCCGGCCGCUUGCCGGCGCUGGCGGCAGAUACCGUCGCCGAAGACGAUGUGGAGGGCGUGAGGGCCAUCGCGGUGUCCGACCAGAGGACCAUCUACCUGGUGAACAUGUUCAUAGCAAACACGGUGGAGUUCCUCAAUUCGUUCGCCGCGCUAUGCGACGACAAGCUCGCGCUACUCCACAGGAAUAUAGUGAAACUGGACCUGUCACUUGCCCUUCUUGAAGCAAAACUGCACAGUAUUGAUGAAAAUAAUAAUGCCCUGGGACACUCAACAAGCCAAAAGGACAGCGAUCUUCAGUAG